AUGGUGUCUGAAGGCGGUUUAUCGUCUGGUAGCGGAUCUAGUCUAGAAUCAUCUGACGACUCCGAUAUUCCGGAUUCUCGUUUGGAUAAUCUUGUUGACGAUAUAAUUGGAAAACUCUCACUAUAUACAACCUGCGAACAGUCUGAGAUGACCAUAAAAAAUCGAAAAGAUAGACUUAAGUCUGAAAGAGACCCGCCAGGGACUUCUACGAAUAGUCGACAUAGUUUCGGCUAUAAGCCGUAUCCUUAUAGCGAAGAACGUAAAGAUAUUCUCUCUCAUCGUAAUAGACACCGCUGUUCCCACCAUGAGCCCAACAUUAGUCAAGAUAUUGAAGCUCCCCACUCACCCUUGACCUACCCAUUCCCUAUUGAUGCAUCCAUUUUCCCUUCUCAUGGGCCUUCACCCAUCCCCAACGUUUAG